AUGACAGCCCGAAGCUGCGGUGAAGUCGCGGUGAUGUGGAACUCCAACAUUCCCACCUUGUGGAGGCUUGUGGUGAAUAUGCUGCUCGCGUAUUAUGACGCCGCCCCGUCGAGUUUGGCCAGGAUUCUCGAGCGCCAAAAGGUGGAUUUUCGCAUCGUCCAGAGCGAGUUCAUGUUUUACUGUUUCGGCGCGCAGAAGCAUCCGGUCAAAUGUCCCCGGCUGCUGCUGGUGGGGGGGGGGGGGGGGGGGUGCAGAUGGGGACGUGCUCGUCAAGCAUCCCACGGGCUACACGGACUUCACGGUUACCUGGAGCAUGUUAAUCACCUAGGUACCUAG